GAUGCAAGAUGUGUGAUCUCUCCUGGCCACCCGCAUCAGUCGCGCCGCCCACAUCUGGGUCAGGAUUGAUUGAUGAUACAUUUGGGCAAGGAGAAGGAGCAAUGAGAGGAGCGCGCGAGGAGGGCUGCGCGGUAGUCGACGAGGAUCGCCGGGGAAGAGUACAGGAAUCGCAAGGAAGGGGAAGAAUCUGAUCGAUGGAUGGAAAUGAUACAAUGCUCGUCGUUCGUUCUGGUUGUUGCUCGAGCAAACUGCCGCUGCCCUCUACUCGUGCUGCGCAUCGCCGCUACCGCCGCCGCCGCCGCCACUGCCUCGCACUGCAGAGAUGUUGUCUUGCCCACCGAGCCAGUUGCUGCUACCACCGCCCCCACGCAUCGGGCUCACACCCAUCAUCGGCGUCGUCGCCCAUCCUCCACCCUGCCCUCCAUUGCUUGCGAAUCCACCAAUGCCCAGCAGGCCGUUGCCGCUGCCGCUAUGCCCGCCACUCAUCUGCGCAUUCUGCGGAGAAGCCGUCGCUGUGGGCAAGCCCAUGCUCUCCAGCUCGUGCUGCAGAACGCCUUGAUAGUCAAAUGGGUCCUCGAGCCAAGUGCUCGCGGCCUGCUGUUGCUGAAAGCGGCGCACCGUAGGCGAAGGACUGAUACCGAGGAGCGCGCUGCCAUUGGCAUUGCGGGCUGGCGUGAGCUGCGAGCCUGAUGCAGCUCCCGUCUUUGUCAUGCCGAGGCCGAGACCGCCGUACGAGGAGCCAAGGGCAGCCAUGAUGCUGGGUGACGAGGAGUGCGGCUGCUGC